GACCUAGCGGCUGGUAUCGUCACCCCCCACUGCCUCCCUUUGGUACCAGGCUGCUGCCCCCCUCCCACUCCACCCAGCACCCACUGGGCACCCAGGCGAGCGUCCACCUCCCUGCCCCCACCCCCCUGUAUGCUCUGGGCAGGGCACCUGCUCACCGUCCCCACCCUUCCUAAAACCCUGGGUUUCUAGCGGGCUGAUUGAUCUGUUCAGCUCUUGGUUACCCAUCUCCUAUAUCACCCGCGAAGGCAGGUGCCCGUUCUUUCCACAGGACACCCAGUCAGGGCCUCUCCUUAUUAAGAAUCUGUCGUUUGGUGCACAGAUGAAUGGACCCAGGGGUCCUACUCCUGGCAUUGCUGGCAGGGAAAAUACUCAAAAAGGCCUACCUUGAGAGAGAACUCAUGCUAGCUAGGACUGUGUACUUGCUGAAGAGUUGAGGUCCAACGGACAGAGGGACAGAUGCGUUAAAAGCAAAAAAGAAAAUGCUAGCAGUAACAUCUAGGUAGUGGAUAUACAAUGUUACCCGUCAAAUUCUGGUUUUCUGGAUGUUUGAAAAGUCCCGUGUGAAAUGUUGAGGAGCGAAAAUUUGAGGUCCCCCCCUGUGGUCUGGGAAGGGAGGAAGAGAGGACGUUGUAUAAGAUAGGUCACAUUGACAGCUCCUUCUGUGGGCUGAACAUCCGUCCCGGCACUGGGUUCUGGCAAGGGCUGGUAUCCAACUGGUCCCCGUCUGUAUUAUGGCAGCACUGGUUGUCAAAAGCUCAAAUAUUUCUGCAUCUCUCAGUAAAUAGCUGUCCGUCUGGGUCCUCUUCUUUCCCCGCUCCCUGCCAAGACCCACUGGCUUCCCUCCUGGGAUCCUCAGAUCUCCCCCACCCUCCUGAGACUAAAGAAUUAACACCUGCCAUAGCAAGGGGCCUUGGGUCCAUUCUGAUUGGUCAGCGUUUCUGCCAUAUUGGUUGUAAAUCUGUUGAGGAUUACCCCUGGAUUGGAGCCACCUUGAGCCUUAUCUUCCUCCCUGCCAGAGGCCAGGCCAUGGCUUGCUGGCCUCCUGUGUCCUGAGGAUGGCCCAGCUGGAAGACGAGGCCUCUGCAGGCCCCAUCAACGGGGAGAGAGCUUCCUGGUCACGGGACAUGACCCCAGUCAGGUCCUGGUGUUGAGGACAGGAGCUUCACCAGGAGAAAUCCACACCUACCAGAUCCAGAAGCUUCCUGGUGGUGUGUCUCUGGAAUAUUCUAACCUCUGCAUGCCAGACUUGCCCCAUCUCCUGGCCUUCCUAUCAGCCAGCAGGGAUGUUUUGCCCAGAACACUGCUCUUGCCCCCUCCCACUCUAAGGCCUGGAGACCUACAUACAGGUCCCCCACAGACUGGCAGUGUCCACCUCAACGUCCCGGAAAGGGUGCUCUCCAUGGUGAACAAGCUCUACCUGGAGACUCACGGAGGGUGGGGGAAGGAGCAGAUCCCCCCAGAGACACCUCCAGAAACUGAAGAAAGACACAGUUCUGGUGAGCUGGGUCGAACAGGGCCCUGGGCCCCCGAGGGACAAGGGAGCUGCUGCCACUGUUCUGUGGGGGGCCCAACUCUCUCCUCACAUCCAGCCCCCAGGAACCCUGCUCCUCACCGGGUCUCCUGGGUGGAAGGCCCGCUCAGCCUGGAAGUACACCAUCCUGGGCCAGACCUGGCCAGCCUGGUGGAGGAAAAAGAGAAGGAGGACGAGGAUGGAAACAAGGACGACUACAAAGAUGAAGAGAAUGGCCCCGAGGAUGUGCUCACCCAUCACAUCCAAGCUCUGGCCAGGGCCCGGGGCAACUACGUGGGCAGACAGUUCCAGAGCCUUCGGGCGCGCCUCACCUCAAAUGCCAGAGGCCCCCACAGGCCUGGGGACCCGGCCACAGAGCUGCUUCAGGAUGUGCGCCACCUCCUUACUGACCUCCAGGACCACUUAUCAAAGGACCCCGACGUCAGGGCUGUUUUUGGGAGCAGGGGGCCUGGGGUCCCCCAGAAGGACUAUGAUCUUGGCGCUGCGGUGGAGGCGGCUUUGUGCCGCGCGGUGCUGGCGCCAUUGAAGCCUGCCCUGUGGGCGCGACUCCGCAAACUCCGAGCCCAGGAACUGCGGCGACUGCGGCAGCGACAAAUAGCCCUGCGGGUGGGGGCGGGGCCUCCGGGAUGCCAGGGGGCGGGAUUUGAGGGGCCGGGCCCAGCCCCCGCCCUGCGCAGCCGCAUCCACGCGCGCCUGGAGCACCUCCACGCCGCCUGCGCUCCACGCCGCAAGGUGGCGCUGCUGCUGGCGGUGUGCACUGACGUUUACGCAGGCCUGGCUCAAGGGGAGAACCAAGAGCCCCUGGGGGCCGACGCCUUCCUGCCCGCACUGACGGAAGAACUGAUCUGGAGUCCGCACAUUGGGGAGACGCAGCUGGACGUGGAGUUUCUAAUGGAGCUGCUGGAUCCGGACGAGCUACAGGGAGAAGCCGGGUACUACCUGACCACGUGGUUUGGGGCGCUGUACCACAUCGCUCACUACCAGCCGGAUGCGGGCCGCGCACCCCAGGGGCUCAGCUCUGAGGCUCGUGCCUCCCUGCGCCAGUGGCACAGCCGGCGGACACUGCACAGACAGGAUAGGCAGGACCACGCCGGAGCCCAGGUCAGCCUGCCCUUUGAGGAACCUUGGGCAAGAGACCCUGUGCCCAGAGACCAAUGAUGAGGAGGGGUCUCAGACCCUCUUGCUCCUCAGGCAAGAUUCCAGGGGCCCCAGGAUGACACCAACUUCUAACCCCUGUUGGCUUAGGUGCAGGGAGGAGGAAGGGUUCCCAGGAACAGAACCCCCUCUGGUUUGCCCCUUCCCCCUGCCCAAGAUGGCUCCUUCCUAAUCCCCAGAAUCUGUGAACAUGGUCAAAGCGACUUUACCCAUGUGACUAAAUCAAGGAUCUUGACAUGGAAAGAUUAUUCUGGAUCAUUCUGGGGCCCCAGUAUAAUCUCUUUGAGUCCUUGCAAGAGGGAGGCUGGAGGGGCAGAAUCGUAUAAAGAGACGGGAUUUUGUAAGCAGAGGGUGGAGUGAUAUGGCUGGGAAUCAAAGCAGGCACCCUCUAGAAGCUGAAACAGACAAGUGGAUUUUCCCCUGGAACAUACCGAAGGCUCAGCCUUCGAUUUUAGGCCGGAAGAGCUAUUUUGAACUCCUGACCUUUAGAACUGCAAAAUAAUAAAUUUGUGGGUUUUUUGACCUGGUAA